CAAACUUCCAAACCCAACAGGCCAACAGCCAAACCGCCCAUUUACAACUACUUUAUUUUUUCUUUUAAUUUUUUAAGGUUUCGUCACUAAGAAAAAGACUUAUCUUUAUCGUUCUAAAAAAUAUUUCUCGAGUCUUAAACUUCACAGUUGACACAAGUCUGAUACGGAUACAAAUCUCAGAUCAAAAUCUAAAACUGAGAGACAAACAAAGAGGAAAAGAUAAAGAAGUGAAGAAAAAAUGGCGACGACAGCGAGGGUAAGCUCUGGCCUGGCGUACCCGGAACGAUUCUACGCGGCAGCUUCUUACGUUGGCUUCGACGGAUCUCCCAAUUCCAACAACAAAGACAUCGGCUCCAGGUUCUCCAACGACGUCGCUUUGAUCCUCUACGCCUUAUACCAGCAGGCUACCGUAGGUCCUUGUAAUGUUCCGAAACCGAGUUCAUGGAGUCCUGUCGAACAAGGCAAAUGGAAAAGCUGGCAGCAGCUUGGAAACAUGGUUUCUACAGAAGCUAUGCGUCUCUUUGUGAAAAUAUUGGAGGAAGAAGAACCGGGAUGGUAUUCAAGGGCAUCUAACUCUGUUUUGGAGCCUGUUAUAGAUGUACAAAUGAAUCAUAAUUCAAAUGUUGAGCCUAUCAUUGAGAAUGGAAAUUAUUUUGUUGAGACAAAGACAAUUUCUGCUGAAAAUGGAAGCCUGAUGGAAACUCAAGAUAAAGAUGUUGUAUUGGAAGGCCUUGGUUCAGUUGUCGUAUAUGAUCAAUGGAUUUCACCUCCAAUAACCGGCCAAUGUCCCAAAGCCCGAUACGAGCAUGGAGCAGCAGUUGUUCAGGACAAGAUGUAUAUAUAUGGUGGAAACCACAAUGGCCGUUACCUGAGUGACCUUCAUGUUCUAGAUUUGAGAUGUUGGACUUGGUUAAACGUUGAAGCUACGAUUGGAUCCAAUUCAGUGGAAUCACCAUCUCCAUUAAAUAUAGCCCCAUGUGCUGGUCAUUCAUUGAUACCUUGGGAGAACAAGCUUCUUUCAAUUGCUGGCCAUACAAAGGAUCCUUCUGAAACUAUCCAGGUGAAGGCGUUUGAUCUGCAAACUUGUACGUGGUCAAUGUUGAAGACUUAUGGCAAGGCACCGGUCUCUCGCGGAGGUCAAUCUGUGACCCUUGUUGGAACAACCUUAGUGAUAUUUGGUGGACAGGAUGCAAAGCGAACACUCUUGAAUGAUCUACAUAUACUUGACCUUGAAACGAUGACCUGGGAUGAAAUUGAUGCUGUGGGGGUGCCUCCAUCACCGCGAUCUGAUCAUGCUGCUGCGGUACAUGCAGAGCGUUACCUUCUUUUUUUUGGUGGGGGUUCACAUGCUACUUGCUUCAAUGAUUUGCAUGUCCUUGAUUUGCAAGCUAUGGAAUGGUCAAGACCUACACAACAAGGUGAAAUACCAACUCCUAGGGCUGGUCAUGCAGGUGUGACUGUUGGGGAGAACUGGUUUAUUGUUGGCGGUGGAGACAAUAAAAGCGGGGCAUCAGAAACUGUUGUCCUUAACAUGUCAACCCUCGUUUGGUCAGUUGUGACAUCAGUUGAAGGACGUGUUCCUCUUGCCAGUGAGGGCUUGAGUCUGGUUGUGGGCUCCUUCAAUGGUGAAGAUAUACUUAUAUCUUUUGGCGGAUAUAAUGGGCGUUAUAACAGUGAGGUUAAUGUUCUUAAGCCAAGUCACAAGUCAACCUUGCAAUCUAAGAUAUUGGAGGAUCCUGUUCCUGAUAGUGUUUAUGCCGUGCAUAAUACAACAAAUCCUACCAGAGAUUUGGAGUCUGAGUUUGAUGUUAGUCAAGAAGGAAAAAUACGAGAAAUUGGUAUGGAUAAUGUCGACACAGAGCCCACGAAAUCCAAAGGUGAGGAGAUAAGUGAGUGCAUGAUAGCAACACUCAAGGCAGGGAAGGAAGAACUAGAAUCAUCACUCAACAAGGAGAAAUUGCAGUCUCUCCAGCUAAAGCAAGAACUAGAAGAAGCUGAGACUCGAAACACAGAUUUGUACAAGGAGCUCCAAUCUGUACGUGGUCAACUUGCUGCUGAGCAGUCAAGAAGUUUCAAAUUAGAGGUUGAUGUUGCAGAACUGCGACAGAAGCUUCAGACGAUGGAAACACUACGAAAGGAACUUGAGCUCCUGCAGCGGCAAAAAGCCGCAUCUGAACAAGCUGCCUUGAAUGCAAGGCAGAGGCAAGGCUCAGGUGGUGUAUGGGGUUGGUUUGCAGGGACCCCUCCACAAAAUGCUGACGAUGCCUGAAAUUCAUGAAAAAAGCCGAAUUAGAAAUAGUAAUUUCUAGAUUUAUUCAAAUUUAUCAAUUUUUGGGUCAAAUUUUUUUUGGUUCAACUUAGCCGGGUUCUUUCUAUGAUGGGAAUAAGAUAUCUAAGUGAACCCCUUUGCGGGGUUUUUGCAUGAAUACAUCGUCUCGAUAGUUUAUAGUUUCAGCUUCUAUAGUUACAUAUGCCUGUUUAUGCA